AUGUUUGCCCGUGUGAUCUGUCUUGCCCUCGCGGCUUUGUCGAGCGUCAGUGCUCUGCCACAAGGUCCCGCCACCAACGCUGGCAAUGUCGGGUUGCAAGCGCCUUCGGUUGCCGAUCUUGCUGCAAGUCAGCUGGCAACGAGAGACGAGCUUGGCCAUUACUACACGGCACAUUUGUCUUGCUACACCUUUGGCCAGAAGCUGAUCUUCUCUGCCACCUUUGGCGUUCGCAAACACCUGCCUUCCAAUGCGAGUCCAUCGUCGAGCACACAAAGCUACCGCAACCCGGCUGACGAGCUGAACAGAGCGUGCAAAUCCUCAACUACCGUCUUCCUCUGCACGUCACGCCGGGCCGAAGCGGUCACGGAACGCAGAACCCAGACGCCUUGCAUCAAUGCUGGCAAUGUGCUCGCAUAUGGCCCGAGUCAUGCUACUGCUUGCUUUUUGAGCCAUCGCGGAAGUAAGAUCAUCGACGCCUGGUUGCUCGAUUCGACCGACCUGCCCGAUGCCGCUGGUAAGAUGAAGCAACAGAUUUAUAUGGGUUUGCUCGUCAUGGGUGCAGUCUUCGCUGUAGAGGCUCUGCCGCACGACGAGGCAGCUCCUGCACUCGACGCUCGAGAAUUGACGGGCCGGGCUGGCGCGGUCGAAGUACUCGGCGACUAUUAUAGCGCCAAUCUGAAACUUCACAGUGCCGACAAGCAGUUGCUGUUUAGCGCAAGCUUUGGCAUCCGAAAGCGAUUGCCGUCCAAUUCUGUCGAUAUUUUGAACUUUGCCAGCACACUGAAAGUCUCAUGGUAUGACGAUGGCAUGUACCUUGGUGUUGACAACAUCUUGCUGGCUUGCUUCAAAUUCGCUUACGGCGUCAAGGACGAUUUCUGGGUGAGCGCAUGUUUCCAGCAUGCCCGUGGAUCCAAGACGAUCGACUCGUAUUAUAUCGAAGAGGUCAACCUCGUCAAUCACCAAGAUAUCGACGCAGGCGCAAUCCAGUACGACGUGGUGCCUUUUAGCAUUGCCUCGUCGGUCGAGGCGCAUGGCGUGGGAGAUACAAUCGAGUUGGCCGAAGUGCUGGGCGAGUACUACAGUGCCAGUUUCAAGAUCCACAACAGCAAGGCAGGGCAGUCGAUCGACAUUCUCAACUUUGACGAGCCUCUUCGCGUCUCGUGGCGUCAGGAUGGCAUGAAGUACGAAGAUAACAAUGCCCUGGUUGCGUGCUUCUACUUCAUCUACAAGGUAGAGGUGGAGUUUGUAGAGCUCUGCUUCCAGCACCGUCGUGGCUCAAAGACGAUCGACUCGUUCUCCGAGCCGAGCGAUCAACUCCAAACGGCCGUUGAUCUCUAUGAUGGGCCGGUCCAGUACAACAUGACCUUCAACGGUGCGCCGGUCAAGUUCCUAGGCACUGCUUAUUAUGAGUGA